UAGUGGGCACGUCUAUAAGUCUUGGAUUUCUUGGUCUUGCUUUUAUUCCGUUAUGUAUUGCUGCAAUUUUUUAUUAUAAACGUAAUAAAAACUUUACAGCAAGUGCUGUUAGUGGUGGUAUUGCUAAUGUUAUUGGUGCUUCCAAUGGUUCUUACAAAAACAAACCUGCUACCUAUGGAAAUGAAUCUGCUACUUAUAGAAAUGAAUCUGCAAUGAAUCUGCUAAACAAGAAACAUCCGCGUCAUAUUCUUAAAUUACUUUAA